CCCCGUUCGCAGCCGGCCCUGGCUGGCUCAAUCCUGUCUGACUUCACCUCCAUUUCCACGCAGGCAGAAGACGUUCUCCAGGCUCCCCGGGCUUCCCUUUCUUGCUUUGUACGGACGGAUUACACGCCAAAGCUGCGCCCAUUCCCGCCGUGCCGCCACCUGGGCUUAUGGCAAGAGUCGCCUCGGCCAUUUCUCCCUUGUGUCCCCACACCACUCUUUAAAAAUUCCGCCAAAAAAGAGAAGACGAUUCCCCAAGUCCUUUGGGCCGUUACCUCACGGCGGAUUUUCUGCAUUCAACUAUCCAGCGGGGCUAGGAAAGGCGCUCUAUAGAGAACAGUUCGACUUCAACGCAGAGCCACCUUGGCAUCCUAGCUGAUGCUAGGAGGUUCCAUCUCCUAACUUGUCCAUUUUGUUGCAUAUUAGGACUUAAAAAGACCUGUAGACCCUUUAUUUGACGUUUCUUGGUUUAUGAUUGUCGGCUUUGCGGAAUACGGCUGAGAUGAAAGGAUUUAGCGAAGAUGCAAAUUACUCCAUUGGCCUUCUGGAUGAUACAGCAACUGCAAAAGAUGUCAUUAGUAACUACAUUUAUGAGCAUACUCAGAUGGGAAAGAAUGCAUUUUUUGUUGCUGACCUUGGGAAAAUUGUCAGAAAGCACAUCGAAUGGCAAAAUACCAUGGGACACAUCAAACCAUUUUAUACACUAAAGUGCAACUCCUCUCCAGCUGUGCUAGAGAUACUCUCCGCCCUGGGCGUGGGAUUUGUAUGUGCCAACAAAAAUGAAAUGACGACAGUGUAUGACUUGGGCAUCUCUAUGGAGAAUGUAAUUUAUACUAGUCCAUGCAAGCAGGUUUCACAGAUCAAGCAUGCAGCCAAACUGGGAGUUAACAUUAUGACAUGUGAUAAUGAAUCGGAAAUGAAGAAAAUUGCACGGAAUCAUCCUAAUGCCAAGCUAUUGCUUCAUAUUGCAACAGAAGGCAGCAUGGAUGAGGGAGAAAUGAACAUGGUGUUUGGCAGCACACUGAAGAACUGCAGACACCUCCUGGAAUGUGCUAAGGAGUGCGGUGUGCAAGUCAUUGGUGUGAAGUUCCAUAUUUCAAGCUCCACCAGAGACCCCCAAGCAUACACUCAUGCUUUAUCUGAUGCUCGCUGUGUCUUUGAUAUGGCAGCUGAAUUUGGCUUUAAAAUGAAUUUACUGAACAUUGGAGGCUUUUCAGGGAAUGAGUUUCAGUUGGAAGAGCUUUAUCAUGCUGUCAGUCCUCUGCUGAGUGCAUACUUUCCUGAGGAAUCUGGGAUCGGAGUUAUUGCAGAGCCUGGAAACUAUUAUGUGUCCUCUGCAUUUACCCUGGCUGUAAACAUCAUUGCAAAGAAAGUAGAGCAUGAGCAGCAUCUUUCUGGAGGAAAGUACACCUGUACCAAGCCAGCUUUUAUUUAUUGCUUGAAUGAUGGAGUUUAUGGUUCUUUUUCACGUAAAUUAUCAGAGAGCCUCAAUACUGCCCCGGUGGUGCACAAGAAAUACAAUGAAGAUGAGCCGCUUUUUGCUAGCACCCUCCUGGGUCCAUCUUAUGACGAGUUGGAUAUAAUUGUGGACCACUGUCUUCUGCCAGAACUGAAUGUCGGAGACUGGCUCGUGUUUGAUAACAUGGGCUCCGGUACUGUGAGCGAACAGUCUGCAUUUACAGAUUUUGAACGGCCGUCCCUGUAUAACUUCAUGUCAUUCAGUGACUGGUAUGAGAUUCAAGAUGCUGGGCUCACUUCAGACACGUUGAUGAGAAGCCUCUGUGUGCCUUGUUUUCAGUUUGGUGAUGACAGUUUCUCCACAGCAGCUUAGUCAUAAGACUGCGCUCAAAUAAAAUCUCUACAGGUACAAGUCUUCAGCUUGCCUGGUCAACAUUCCAGACUGGAAGAACCGGUGUUCACCUCAUUUCAAAACUUGAAGUUCAGCUUGUAGAAAAAAGAAAACGGGACCAGGCAAAAGCAGCUAGAAGUAAAAUCACUGGGGCGAGAAUUAGAUAUGUCUGCAUUUUCUGUGUGCCAGCUUUCUCCAUCCCCUGCAGUUUAAGUCCAAUAUGCAACAAAAUGGAUGACUUAGUUGAGAUGGAAGCCAUUACCUGGGUUCCUUGUAAGAGUUUACAUAAGUACACAGUUUUUAUACUAAGGAUUCCUGUUAGUCUUGUAAAUUUAUUGUCUCCUCCAGUAUAACAUGUCUUUGAAAGAGCAGUGUGUAACUUAGAUAUGUCUAGUGUGUGUAGAUUGUGUAAAUUUGUGCUUCGACCAGUAGUUUAAUAAAUGUUAAAUUGCAUCAUAUUUUUAUUUUUCUUUAUUUGUCCUCCAGACUGAUCGUAACAUGAUUGCAAUAAACUUUUGUGUAGAA